AACAAUAUUAAAAAAAAACAGAGAGGGAUGUGGUUGAGUGAUUGCAGAAGCUACAAAGAAGAGAGAAAGCGUCAAGAAAGUCUUCUCUUUCACACCUUUCGUUUUCUCGAGCCUCUUUUUAACGAAAGAUGGUGGAGGGAGGAAUCUUGAGUUUGACAACUCAUUAACAGUAACACUUCCUCUUCCUCUUUUAAGCUUGCAAGGAACCUCCUCCGUUUUUGCUUUCACUUCCUACUCAUCAUUCUCUCCUUUCAGUUUGAUCCUCCUUUGAUAUCAAAAAGCUUGUAGUAUCUUUUCUUCUUCAAGCUUUUAAGAAACGCAACUUCUUUUUUUCUUUUUUUGGUGUCUCCUGUUGAGAGAUGGGAUUGUGUAAAAACGGAAACUUUACUAUCUGGGUCUUUCCCAUUUUGGUUUCUAAUUAGUAAUUUUGUUCUUUAGGAGGUUUAUUUAGUUGUUUAACUUUUUAAGACAUGGAGGAGAUUGAAGGAGCAAACAGAGCAGCUGUAGAGUCUUGUCAUAGAGUUCUUAACCUCUUAUCAUGUACACCACAUCAACAAGAUCAUGUGAGUUUAGUGUCUGAGACUACAGAAGCUGCAUCUAGGUUCGAGAGAGUGACGAGUCUGUUAAGUACUAGUGUUGGUCAUGCCAGGUUUAGAAGAGCCAAGAAACCUCAGUCUCAUUUGUCUCAAAGCAUCUUCCUUGAUCCUGUUCAUCAAAUAACAGAACCUCCACCAUCUCAGAAAGAACCGGUGCUCCUGUCUGGUUUCCAUGAGUUGAGCACUGAUUCCCUCACUUUAGGAACCAGGUCCUUCAGUUUGAACUCAAAUGCAAAAGCGCCUCUCCUUCAGCUUAACCAGCAGGCAAUGCCUUAUUCAAAUUAUCCCAAUAUGUUUCCUGAACAUCGACAGCAACAACAGUUACAUGAACGGUUGCAGGCUCACCAUCAUCAGCAGCAACAGAAAGAUCAAGCUGAGAUGAUGAUGAUGCUAAGGAAGUGCAACGGCGGGAUAAGUUUGAGUUUUGAUAACUCGAGUUGUACUCAAACCAUGUCAUCCACUAGGUCCUUUGUUUCAUCGCUUAGCAUAGAUGGCAGCGUUGCUAAUGUAGAAGGAAUGAACUCCUUCCAGUUGGUAGGGGUUCCUAGUUCACAACACUCUAAGAGAAAAUGCCUCAUGAAAGGAGGCGAGCAUGGAAGCAUGAAAUGCGGGAGCUCUAGCCGAUGCCACUGCUCUAAGAAGAGGAAACAUAGGGUUAGGAGAUCGAUCAGAGUGCCUGCUAUAAGUAACAAGGUUGCAGACAUCCCUCCUGAUGAUUAUUCGUGGCGAAAGUAUGGUCAGAAACCCAUCAAGGGCUCUCCUUAUCCCAGGGGAUAUUACAAAUGCAGUAGCAUGAGAGCUUGUCCAGCGAGGAAGCACGUUGAGCGAUGCUUGGAAGAUCCUGCUAUGCUUAUUGUUACUUAUGAAGCAGAGCAUAACCACCCUAAAUUGCCAUCUCAAACCGUGACAGCUUAACUUUUAUUGUAUCAUUGUGUCUUCCUUUGUGUGCUUUGCUCCAUUAUUAUGUGAUAUAUGAUUCGGAGCAGUGCCUUUGUUUUGGGGGUGGGGGUUUUACUGCAAUAGUUGUUGGGUUUGGCUUUAGGGAGUAAAAAUGUAGGAUUUGUCAAGACUCGUUUCUCAAGUUUCAGUUUAUUACUGCUCUUAAUGAUGUUUUCUUCUCUGCUUC